UGUUUUAAACUAUCAAACAACUAUCAAAUAUCAAUCUAUCGUGUUAAAAUAAAUUAACAAAGUUAAGUUUAUCAAUAUUUUUGUCCUGAAGUUAAGAUAAUCUUUUUAAAAUGCCACGUACAAAACGACCAGUUCGAAAACAAGAAAAGACCACCGAAGACAACGACGUUCUAAAGAAAUUAAAUAAACUUGUUACUGACCAGAAAAACAAAAUUGACUCACGCGCACAUAUGGAACUUCGGAAUGUGGAGUUAGCGUUCAAGAUUCUUCUGGGUUCGAUAAGCAAUAACUACCUACAGAAGACCGUUGGACAAUUGAAAACAGAACUGCACUUCAAGGAGCCAUCGACAACAAGACGCUCGGCGACCAGACAUUCAACCCGAUCUGCCUCUCAUGAUGAUGGGUACCUCACUGAGAACUCAUCGCAAGGCUCCGGUGAACGGGGAGCUAAGAAGACUCAUAUGGCGCCGCCGUCGGCGGGGCGCAGCGUGCGGCGCUCGCGGUCCGCGGACCCGGCGCGCAAGGCCUCGUGCGCACUGCGGCGCCGCUCGCGCUCCGUCUACCGCACGCCCGCCUACAGCAAAAACGCGUCCAGCUGCUACCCCGUCAUCACGCCCAAGGUGACCCCUCACACCCCGCUGACCGUUCUCCGCCAGCCCCGGGCCGGGGAGAUGGUGUUGUCCAUGUCCGGUUCCCCGGUCAUGGUGCCUUCUGUUUGCACGAUGCAAUCACAUGAGAAAGCCAACUGCAACAUUCUACUACAAGACGGCACAAUGCUGUCAUUGCAAGCGAAACAACUCCGUCAAUCACAAGCGUACAUACCAUUCUCUCUCAUGGACUCCAACGUGCUUCACCAGCUGAAGACCUUGAAAGAUAACCUGGCCACAGUCGUGAAACUCGGCGAAAAGGCCAUAGUGAAGUGAUGGGUUACGGCUAUGGGAUUAUAUGGUAAAUUUAUGUCUAAAGUUAGGUGAUAGUUUGUUAUUAAAGUGACUUAUUUCGAAGUUCAAAGGUGAAACUCUAGCUAUGUUUAUGGUUAUAGAAAAGUUCUGAGUAUUAAAUUAAUAAGUGGGAAAAA